UGAAUCGAUUAAAGUCGCCAUCUCGGAUAGUCUGGGUUAGGAUUACUUCAGGUGCUUCUUUGUUUGUAUUUAUCUCACUUUCUGGAGCUCAACCUUGUUAUAUUGGAUCUGUGACCACAUCCCAGCUGUUAGCUACAUUAACCAAUCAGAAGCGAGACUGAUGCACAUUUAAAGAAAAUGAAACCAAAGAGAGCAGUGCAGAGGAGGAGAGAGCUGCUGUGACCGUCUAUUUGUGAAGGUUUUUAGGAUGUACUAAUAGUUACUCUUAAAUGGCUUAAAACAAUCCUUGUUAUUUAUAACUCUGGAGACGUCUGUCCUUCCUUAAAGGUUCAACAUUGCUGGGUUUUAAGUCGACAACAAGAAAUGCUAGAAAUGCGUUUUCUUGGCAUUGUUUUGCUCAUUUUAUUAUGCGACUUCUCUCUGGGGGAUCCUGUUCCAGUAGAUACCAUCAUAGUGCAGGUCCAGCAGUGGGGAGUGUUGGGUACUCAGCGGGUCGUGGACCAGGUCCUUCUCAAUGGAGUCCCUCUUACUGGCAAAAGCCAGGAAGUUGACCUCAUUAUCCGAACCAUGUCAGCUGAUGCUCUCUUACUAACUCUUAUCAGUGUCUACCAGACUUCAGUCCAGAUAAACCACACUGUCCUUCGUUCUCGUGAAUGCAUACUGGAGGGGUCUAAGCUGCACUGGACCGACCGUGUGUUCUAUGAUGGGAAAGUCUAUCUGACUCUGGACCAUACUGACACAUGGACAGCCAACGUACCGGAAGCACUGGCCUUCAAAGUGUUGUGGGACCAGGAAGAGCAGCGCACAAAGACGGAGAGGACCAACCUUCAGGAGGGAUGCGUCAAGCUGAUGAGAGAACUGAGGCUUUCUGAGGAGAAAUCAGUUCCAUGGAUGCCUUAUCCUCUGUUUAUGAUCACAUUCUUGUCGCUUCUGGUGAUGGCAGGACUAACCAUAAUCAUCGUCCUCCUCUCCGAACAUGGUUUUAGGCACCCUGGAGGUGUUCUUGGCUCGAUUGUACAUUACCCCAAAGACAUGACUGAAACAGCUCCACACAUGAAAGGCAGCGGUUACCAUACCUUGUAAUUCAAAGCUCCAGCUGAGGAACAGGGUCACGUUUGAGCUUUCUACUGACUGAUGUAACACUUCCACUUCCUUCUGUGUACGGACGGUGUUGCUCCAUGAAUGUAACCAAACCUUUGCUACAGUACCAAAAGCCCACUGUGUGAAACACAUGUGGUCUGGAUUCCAAACUGCAUUAUUUUAUGCACUUUAAUGCAUGUUUCACACUUUACACUGGUGCUUUUAUUGCAUAUACUUUUAAUAUUCACACACUCACACACAAAGAAAUGUAAACCUGUUCACUGCCUGCAGUAAUGUGCAAGCUUCUUUUUGCACAAUUUAUAACUGUAAAGGCAGGCAUUUAAUAAUUUCUGGACUAAGCUAUUCAAGUAAACAACUUAUGUGGAAAUAUAUACAAUACAAAUGUCAAGCAUGUACAUAAUCUAAAGCAAGAUAAUGUCACACAUUGUCUUACAGUCUGUAGAUAUAACCAAUUAAAAGGAAUCUCUUAAAUGAAGCGAUUGAAGCGUUUGUAUCAACAAACAGUGCAACAUUGUGUUCUUUUGCCUCAUCAUAUACUUAUGAGAUGGUGUAGUGGCCGUUUAACCAUGGUCCAAGUUUCUUUUCUUUGUAUUACGGCGCCAUCUUCUGUUGUAAACAACAAAAAUAUACCUGCAUAAUACACUAUUCAAAAUCUACAUAAACUAUAAAAACAAACUGUUGUAUGAAUGUAAAUUAUAUUAGAACUUAUAUAUAACAUGAGACAACAACAUAAACAUUUGACCAAAUAUAGAUUUUUUUUUUAUUUAAUUAUUAUUUCAUUGAUGGUCAUUGGUGCUUUAAAUAUACAGUAUAUAUUUAUAUAUACACCUAAUUUUUCCAUUACUUGUGUACAUAACAAUCUGGUCUAUUCCUCACCUCUAUUUCUCCAGCUUUGUUGUCCUUGUCCCUAGCUGUUAUUACCGUGUAAGUACGCUCUGAAAGAUGCAUAAAACCAGAGUCAAAUUCCACGUAUGUAUGUACUUGGCGAAUAACAACUGAUUCUGAUUCUGAGGCUUAAGUGGCACUUACAGAUGGCUUAUAGCAAUUGGAAAAGAGUAGGACAGUUGGACCUCAUAUAUGAUCAUAGAUUAUGUGAUGGUUCCAUAAUGGUUUGGAAGUUUAAACAUUUGACAUUAUUUUCAAUAAUUAUUGUUCUAAGUCUCCAGAAAAAAAGUAAUUCUCUCACUGAAUACAAUCAACAGUUAAUGUUUUUAAAAAUACAAUCAAAAAGAGCUGUAUAAGCUGUCUCCGAUUAUCCUCCUACUUUCCUUGCACAUAAUCCUUCCAGACGGAUGUGAUGAGAUAUCUUUUGAUAUGUUUAUUCAGAGACACAAUGUUUCUUCUAAUGUCAAGGUUAGUCUCUAUGAUGUAAACAAUCAAGUGCUCAUUAAGAGUGAUUUAUUUUAUUUUCACUUUAUUUCCCAAACCAGAUUUAACAUGUUCACAAACGUUUAGUGGGAGACCACUGAGAAUGCAUGCUGUCUAUCUAAUUUAUUUUAUUUUCAGCAAUUUAUGCUUCCUGGUUGAUGCAAAGUGGUUGUUUAUUCACAAAGGAGUCAGUUUGUAUUAUUCUCUAUGUAUUAGUAAAGUAUUCUGAGUGUAUUAAUUAAAAUAAUCUCCAAAACAUAA